UCUGAUCUACCCUUCCUUUUUUCCUCUCUCUCUCUCUCUCCCCCCUUCACUUACCGAGGAAUGUAAACCGGUUGUUCUUCCGUUCUGAUUGCUCUCUCCUUUGGUCUUCCCCUUCCAACGUCGUCAAUAUUCCACCUUCAGGGAUGGUUCGGUCUUUAAUCCAUCUUCCAGACGAGAUCCUGCAUUCAAUUCUAUGUUAUUCUUCUCCUCAAUCCUGCGCCGCCGUCGAACAAACCAACAGUCGAUUUCAAAACGUAGCGAACGAGCGUUUACUAUGGCGUCACCAUUGCCAGUCGCAUUACAAGUUCUGGGAUGGGCGACAUGAGAUGCCCCGGAAGCUUGCCUGCCCAGUGAAUUCAACUGAUUGGAAAGCGCUCUUUGUCUUCAGGUUUCAAGUUGAUCGAUCUGUCACUCGGCUUCUUGAUAGUAUUCUUGGUAGCCAGACCGGCCGAAUCGAGAAGUUUCGCCGUGUUAUCAAUAUGGGAUAUGAUACAAAGGAUACUCUUCUACGAUACAGCCUGAUAGAGUCUGGGGAGGAUUAUUUGGCCAGAAGGUACUACGCCCACGCGCUCUUGACUUGCCUACACCGAAGCAUUGCUAUACCAGAAUGGGCGAAACUCAAUCGCGGAGAACCCGUGUCACUCGACAGAGCCUUGGCCUGCUUUGAUCUCUUCAUACCCGAAAGUGGAACCGGGGAUUUGGAUGAAAUACGAGACUCUCUGGAUGUGAUACUAGACCGCUUUAUUGCAUCUCACCCGGAUCUUUACCUCUUCACCCCCCGUGAGAAGGCACUAGCCAUAGCAUCUUGGCUAGCGCUGAAUGAUCUCACGGGGAUUAAUCCAGAGCGGGAAUAUCAUUCUUUGGAGCAUAACUUUUUAGGGCUGGCUCUAAAGGAUCCAGGGCAUAACUCUCUGCCGUUGAUAUCAGCUGCGAUAUACUGCUUUGUUGCGCAGGGGGUAGGCCUAAACGCCCGUCCUUGUGGUUUUCCGUUCCAUGUGCAUGUUAUCAUUACCCCCCAGCUGGGCUCAGAUAUCAAUGGCAAUGCUUUGAGUGGGAUGGAGCCAGGGGAGCCCUUUUACUUGGACCCGUUUCGGGGUGCAAGAGAAACUGCUGUCUCAAACCUGCGCAGCCAAUUAACAUUUCUGGGCAUGUCCAACAUGGAUCAACGCACAACUCUCGGUGAAGCAUCGACCUCGGGCGUUGUCUUGCGCUGUGGUAAGAACAUAUUGAACUCGAUUCGUGUCGAACCCCAGAAUCCGACCUCGCGUGCCACCUCGAUAGAUGUGGUGAGCGCAAAGUACGCAGCACUCUGGUCUGUGAUGCUACUGUCAGGCAAUUCGAGGCCCAUGGAUUUACGCCAUCAGUUGCCAUGGCUCAUGGAACUGUUUGCUACAGACUUUCCUUCUGAUAUAUUUCUAGUCGAGCAGUACAUCGCUCCCUUGUUUCAUGGGCUGUUCGAGCAUGAACACAUACUGGAGAGCCUUCAUGUGAUGAGGGCCGUGGAUGAGAUCCCGAAGCAGAUUCGGAGGCGAACUGGUGGCAAUGCAAAUAUACAAUACAAGGUGGGCCAGAUUUUCCGCCAUCGUCGCUAUCAUUACGAGGCUAUUAUCACGGGCUGGGACUCGGAAUGUGGCGCUGGUGAACAGUGGAUGAGGAGAAUGGGCAUUGAUCGUUUAGAAGCUGGCAGGCACCAAAGCUUCUAUCAUGUGCUUGUGGCGGAUCGAAGUGUCCGAUAUGUGGCUGAGGAAAACAUUGGAAUAAUUCUACCUCUCUUCACGGAAUUGCCGAGAAGCUUGACUGCCAUUGCGGGUAAGCAUUUCAAACGGUGGGAUGAGAGGGAGAGGAUGUUUGUGAGUAACAUGAAGGAUGAAUACCCCGAUGACUAGUUAAAAUAAAC